UCGUAGACGACGACUAUGCAGUGUUUCGUUUGGAAAUAACUCAAAGCCAGAAAGAAAACAGGACAUUGCGGAGGAAACUACAGCUAUUGGAACUGAAGGUAGCACGGGAGCGCAUCCUUCCCAGUAGUGUCAAGAUCCUCGACCGAUACAGAGGAAUGGCAAGAGGUGAAGGACAUCUCACUGGAGGCUACAGGAGUUUUGUAAAGCCAGCAGGACACAAAACAUGGAGAGAUGACCAACCAAUCACUGUUGAUGAGGGGAGUGGAACCUCAACCCAGCACAUUAUAGUGAUCGAGUCUGCAGAGGCUGCAGGUCCUGGGGUCAAGCUGGAGAGGUCUGAAGGAGAUGGGGACCCACGGCAAAGCAGAGACAUCCAGCCUGGAGCAGCUGGAGCGCCCCCUGUAGCCACAGAGGACCCCACCACCGCCCCAGCGUCCCCCAGGACCCGAUGCAGCAUCAUGGAGGUCAGUGGAACGCCGAACGCCGCCCUCAAGUCAGAGACAAACACAGAAACAGAGACUUUAACAGGGCUGGGACGACUGGACUGUCCUGCUCCUCGCUCAGAGUAUUUACUUCACGGGAACCUGAGCCCGAGAACAGUUCUGUCCCAUCGGGACUCAGGUGAUGCGGUACAGACUUGCAAUGAUCUGUCCUGUUCAUAUGCUACAGAGACAGAGAUGAUACCUGCUGACAUGCCUGUGGUAUUAGAUACACAGACUAAUCCAAUGCGAGGGGACUGGAACCGGUACAGUAGUAGUGUAUACUCUGAAGGGUCCCUAGAUAAGAAAGGAGAGGGUCUGGUCGUAGAUGAGGUGACUGUGAAAGUAGAGGGCGACGCUCCUCUGACAUGGAAUGCAGACGAGACUCAGUUACGAGGAGGACACUCGCAGGGUAACGCUAAUGACUUCUUAGACUACAGGGAAAGCUUAGAGACCAAUCUAAAUGUUGUGAGCCAUUCCCCUUUACACUCACUCAGGGAUCGUGACCCAGUGUCCAUAUCGAUGGGGCCUUCUGAUUCACACGGCUGCGUCCUUUUUGAUCAGGUGCUGAAUUCAAACGACAGGACUAGGGCUCAAGCUCAGGGAGGGGGAGCCACAUCAGGUAAUAGUAAAGUGAAACGGUUCCUCUGCAUGUUCUGUAACAAAGGCUUCAGCUGCCUACAGAAGGUGGAGAUCCACCAGAGGGUCCACACAGGGGUGAAACCCUACAGCUGUACCCAUUGCGAUAUGCGCUUCGCUGAGGCUGGCAGCCUGAAGAGGCACCAGAGGGUCCACACAGGGGAGAAACCCUUCAGCUGUACCCAGUGUCAUAUGCGCUUUUCCCACUCGUCCAGCCUGAAGAGGCACCAUAGGGUCCACAACCCUACAUCUGCCCCCAGUGUGAGAAGAGGUUCUCCCACCAGAACCAGGUGAAACUGCAUCUGAAGGUCCACACGGGAGAAAGGCCAUUCACCUGUACCCACUGCAGGAAGAGCUUUUCAGAGAGGCGCUACCUCAGGAUACACCAGCAGAGUAACCAUUCCACUCGAUAGCUUCUGACGUUUAGCUCAAACCCUGCAUUAAAGACAAAGAUUCAUUUUUAUUGUUGUCACCAGAAAAGACCCACUGAUGCAUUUGGAAUCAAGAGAUGAACAGAUUUCAGUGUUGAAUAUUCCUGUGUAGAAUAUUUCAUCAAGACACUGUGAUAUAUAUAAGCCUAAAAAGUCUGUCACAUAUUGUGUUUGUACUGUGUAGGCUAUAUGAUGUUCACAAAUGCCUAUUUCAUUACUUCCAUUCAACUACUUUCCCAAGACACUUUUAAUGGAAAAAUGAUUGCGGUUUAUCAAAUUAAUGGAGAUUUUUAGUUUAGACGUCUGUGUGGUUUUCAUAUGGUGUAUUUAACACUUGUUUAUUUAAUAAACACAAAA